AUGUCGUUGGCACGGAUUCUGGUGUCGACCGCGGCGUUAGCGUCGUCGGCGACGUUCCUCGUCUCCCUCUACUCCCUCGUCAGCCUCUUCAACGACGUCAACAACUACUAUGAGCACGUCUCCGAGGACCUCCGCGUCUUCAAGGUGCAUUUUUCGUUUAGAUUCUGGGAAUUUCGAUUUUUCAAGCUAACAGUGAAAGAAUUAAGCAUUAGCACAACUGGCAAAAACAAUUUGAGGUGUUUUUUUCCGAAAUUUAACUUUACGUUUCGAAAUUGAAAAAUUGCAGGACGAGGCCAACAUGGUCUGGCACGACAUGGAGCGAGUACUUCCCGACUCGGGAAAGCAACGCGAAGUUUUCUCGAUGCUCGUCGGACGUGAGAAGCGUCAGGCUUCGCAAUGCAACUGUGGCGCCAGCGCUGCCGCCGCCAAUUGUCCUCCAGGUCCGCCCGGGCCUCCUGGACCUCCCGGACACGACGGAGACAAUGGCCAUCCUGGAGAGGACGGCGUGAACGGCAACGACGGAAACGUCGGCGCUCCACUCGGCGAGUCUGGAUGCAUCCAAUGCCCAGCCGGACCUCCAGGACCCCAAGGACCUCGUGGUCCAGCCGGUCAGCCAGGAUCCGACGGAGCACCAGGAGAAGACGCGGAGUCCGCGGCGCCUGGAGAGCCAGGACCAGAAGGACCAGCUGGAAACGACGGAGCUCCCGGACAGCCAGGACGCAGCGGAAAGGCCGGAAGACCAGGACAGCCUGGAACUCGCUCUGUCGGAAGACCAGGAGCGCCAGGAAGACCAGGAGCCAGAGGACCAGCCGGACCAAAGGGACAAGACGGACAGCCUGGACAAGACGGUCAGCCAGGAUCAGCUGGAGAGCCAGGACCUGCCGGUCAAGCUGGAUCUCCAGGAAAAGACGGAGCUCCAGGAGGUCCAGGAAAGGCUGGAGAGCCAGGUGGUGAUGGUGAGUGAAGAAAUAUCAAAGUUUCUUUCUAAUUUUAACGAUUUUCAGCUGCCUACUGCCCAUGCCCACCAAGAUCUGGCACUCCACAGACGUCAGUCGCUCCUUCGACCGAGGAGGGCGGCUACAAACGUCACGUUGUCGCGUCGCGUCGUGCUGCUUCUCAUCGCGCUGCUGCUGUCGUCAAGCGUCAUCGCGUCUCGCACAAGAAGCGACGCGUUGUCGCCUCUGCGGUCGCUCGCAAACGCGUUGUCGUCAAGAAACGUCGCGCUCACGCCCACAAGGCUUAG